CAUACAUUUCAGAAAAAGCUCAUCUGCAGUUUGUGAAAAUUUUAAAUUAUUUAUGACUCUCAACACUCUUUUUGAAAUAGUACUUCUACCUUCAUUCGAACGGGCAACUUCAUAAAAAAAUGGGAGGACAUAUAUAUGAUAGCUACGGUAGCUUCAUAAAUCAUAAUGGGUCUUAUAUCUGAUGUCUUUUUAUUAGUCUGCGAACCCUUUCAAUUGAUGUCUGGAACGAGCUCCAAUUCUUUGAUCUAAUAACACCUCUUUCGAAUUCUACUUUUCUCACCAGAACUAAUUCUUUAUUGUAAUUCCAACGAAAAAUUCCUUAAUCCAAAAAACCUGUUUUGAUAUUUUCGUUCAGAUUUAAUAGUGCAAAAAUAUAAAAUUGAAGUUAUUUAUAUUAGAGCUAAAUUUACAAUUGAGAAUUAACUGAUAAUUUCCUAAUAUGGAAAAUUCUGAGAAAAACAAUAGCUCAUUUCCAACCGGACUAUGUAAAAAUGGUCUCAACUUCCAUUAUUUACUCCGUCUUUGUAGUUCCGUGAGAGUGAAUCGGAAGAUUCUGUUGCUGUGUUUCUUGGUCUCAAAUCUCUUUCUCGCCGGCAGCCUUCCGAUGAGCUACCCGCAGCAGGCGUACGUGCCCUUAUCAAACAAUGCAGACGUUACCUUGUGCUGUCUGAAACUGUCUAUUCCGGACUACUGUCUCCAGAUGUGUGAUGGAUUCAGCACUAGAGAACACUUCAGCCAGAAGAAGAUAUGCGACCAGGUCUACGAAGAAUACCGCAAACAAUGUUUCCGCGCAAAACCGGAACCCCCUCCCGCUAACACCCACGACAGCUUCACCUGGAUAGACCCUAACCCCAGACCCCCACUUCCCCCGUCGACCCCAGACGAUACCCAGCAAACCAACCAGAUCAAACCAGCGGAGGGAUUCGAUUCCCGCGGAACCCAGUCUAAAGACUACGUUUUAAGUGAUUCACAAGCUACAAUUGUCAUUACCAAAAAUGGAGAGAAACAGCAGGCGAGAAACGGGUCGUCGCACCCCCUCCCAAUUUGGUCACGUGAUUAUUCAUGGGUGCGAUGUAUCGUGUUUUUAUUUGUGUUCACAAGACAGAGUUUAUUUUGUGGCCGCUUCAUGUGAUGAUUUUGCAUUAUUUUUAAGUUAAACUGACCUCUCCCCCUUUUGUGGAUGACGCCAUAUGCACUUGAUGAAA